AUGGAAACAAACAUCGUAAAAUCGCGCAAAAGUCGCGCAGCUAAAGGUACAAAUGCGGUAGCACGUAAGAAGGAUCGUAUGUCUGGAGGUAACCGCGGCAGGAAAAAGACGAAGGUGGCAGCCUUGAGCACCGACAGGGACGUGGAAGGUAAUGAGGAUGGAGUGGAGUAUGGUGUGGAGGAAGCAGACAACUUGGAAGGCGAAGAGUCUGAUGCUAUGAUCGGCUCAGAAUCAGAUGAAGGAUCGGACGCGGAUUCAGAUGGCGCUGUAAGCGAUGACUCUGAGCCUUCUGAUCUCUCUGAUUACGAUAUGGACGUCAGCGAAGAAGAAUCGGACAGUGAUGAGGAACCAGAUGAUGUUGAGUUUUCAGAUGAUGAGGACUCCGAUUCCGAAUUCGGCGACGACGUUGAAGAGGGAUGUCGUGUCGUGUCGAUUGAGAUGGCGGAACAGUUAGUGAAGCAGGCCCAAAAGCAGAGUGAUGGGGCUAUACGCCGCCUUGUAGUGGUUUAUGGCUCAUUUAUACGUCGUUCGGUUCACUACGGAUCAUCACCCGCCGAUUCGGCCAAGGCGGCCGGCAGUAUGGCUAAGGUAGACAGUAGGGGCAAACGACGUCGUAAUGAACGUGGCAUGAAGGCUAGCCGCGGCUUAUCGUCCAUGUUAACAAACGUUCCCAAUCGUUAUGCCCCAUCAAAUUCUGAAGUUUACCACUAUGUGGUGCUUGAAGCGUGCUCUAUUGUGGAGCAGUAUGUACGUGCGACGGAGCUGUCGUUCACCAACGAGCGGAUCGUCGAUGUGAUCCGAUUGUUCCGCAGGUUUUUGUCUUCCGCGUUACUGCAGCUGGCAUACAGGUUCGAAGACGUUGACCUGUGCCGCUGCGCUUUAAAUGUGAUCGGCAGUGACGCGGUGAUGCCGUGGGUGGUGACUCUUAAGAGUUUGCACAAGGAGGUUGUGAAGCUUGCGUGCUCUCUGCUGACACAUCACAAAGAGCAAAAGGUCCGUAUCUACUCCUUUCAAGUGCUUCGGCGUUACUUAGCUUGCGUCUUGGAAAGCAAUUACCAUCGCAUCCAGAUUUCGCAGUCGCCGGCAACAGGGUUAAAGAUCGAGCGGUUGUCGUCACAGCAGGCUCGUGCUUUUAGCAACAGCAGCAUAAAUUUCUUGUUGAACCGCAGUUACAGAACUCAGAUUUCUGCGUCAAGCAUCGAAAGAACACUAAAGAAUUUCGGUCUUUUCAAGCUAAGCCAGAACUGUUUAGCCGAGCUGUACAGUAGCAUGCCCGGUGCUAACCUGUACGCAUUUGCCUUCAAGAGCAUUCGUGACCUGGGGGUAAACGUUCGUCGCGAAUGGAUGUCCGCUAACGACCGAAAGAAGCGUGAGCGCGCCCCGGCGAAGGUCUCGAGUAGCCACAGCAUUGUGCUGCCUGUAUAUUCCUGGGGAUUUGUAGAGGCAGUUAACGUGUGGGUAACCGUUGUGGUUCGGUGUCGUGACCGUUUGGAUGCUCUGGCGUAUCCCCUAGUUACCGUCAUCACUGGCGCAGUGAAAGUUAAGCUGCCACAGAUUGGUUACAUGCCCUUCAUCCUGCACAUGUUAACAGCACAAAACCAAUUAUCAGAUGGAUUGGAGCGUUUCGUGCCCAUCAUGUCGUGCAUAUUCCACCUACUGGAGCAAUUGCGCACGAAGGACAUCAAUAAGCUUCGUCGACAGGAGGCGGAAGAAUCACGCAAGUUGCUGGACAACGUUGAUGACAUCAUGGUCCGCUUGCGUCUGACUAAGAAGCAGUUGCAUGCCAGCGAGACGUAUCGUAUGCUGUACAGACACGUGUCGCUUCUGUUAACGGACCACGUGGGACUGCUGUCUCUGCACCCCAGCUUCCCCGAGUUUAUUGUUCCGGUUAGGGCUUUCCUGAACCGUUACAUGAAAGCUAGCAGGAUUCAGAUCGAUCCAAGUUUUCGCAGUUUCGCCAGCAAACUGCUGUCGCUGAUCGAGGAGUCGGCCUCGCUGAUACGCGAGAAACGCGCUAACCUGGACAUGGAGACACGGGCCACCCCGCGUUUGAAAUUGCUGGAGGCCGAGGCAAAGCAGAUACCUGUGUAUCGCUUCCGUAUGUCGCAGCUCCUGAUGUACCAGCACCUCAGCCGCGCCAAGGUCGAAGGCACGGUGUCUGCGGCCCAGUUGUAG